AUGACAUCAGCCGUCAUAGUAACUACGAUCAUUGUGGGGAUAUUUCUUGUGCUAUUUUUUACUUUAUGGGCGAUGGUGGGAUACGCCAGCAUUGCGUAUGCCUACUACGACGUGGUGACUCCGUCAGCCAAAAGCUGUGAGAACGUUCUAUUUUUUAGCUACACCUCGCACACGGCAACGCUGCGUUUCAAGGCGCCACUAUUUGUUUAUUUUGUCGCUCUCAUCUGCACCAUCGGGUUUAAUAUAUAUAUAUAUAUAUAUAUAUUUGGCGGUGUGGGACUGGCGGCGAUGCUGGUUGUUUGCAUCCUGCUGUUCCGCGACUGUCCAAAGCCUAUCGCCACCGCCGAGUGCGCGCUUUGCCUGGCCGAGAUGGCUCAGGAGUCGCAGCGCUUCAUGGGUGACGGAAGUCAACUCGAGCAGGAAUAA